GCAAGGGGCGUGGUAAUGGUCCCCAGCAAGCCGCCAUAUUGCCUGUUGUCCUGUCCAAGGGGUAUAGGUCUAGAUUGUUGUCUUUGAAAAUUAGAUUUGGCGUCUGAACGAAGUGUGUACGUUCAGGAGGCCGUGUGACGGAACAAGCAAUGACCAGGAGGCGGAACAAGCAAGGAAGCAUCAGGAGGGAGCGAGCAGCGGGGCAGCAGAGGCCGGGGAAAGGGUCCCCUUCUUCUGAUGGACCAGAGACAGAUGCAAGAGAAAGCCCAGAGGAGAUGGGCAAAGGGGGGCAGGUAUUGCCACCUUCAAGUGAAUUUGUACAGACCUGCUGCCUGUUGUGUCAUCGAGAGAAGAAAGAUUGGUUGGGCUCCACUCCACACAAUGGAUUGCUGUCACCAGUGGAUGAAAUUCCUGCCUCUUUCAUGCCCUCUUUAGCACAAAACCUUCUGGGUGAGAUGCCACUGUGGAUUUGCCAGAGUUGCCGGAAGAGUGUAGAGGAAGAAGAAAGACAGGCGAUCGGAGAGCAACCAUUAGCGGUGUCCUUAUCACACACAUCCUGCAAGUCUCAAACCUGCGGUGGUGGUUCGCACUCCUCAUCAUCCUCGUCAUCCUCUUCAUCUUCCUCCACGUCUUCUUCUUCCUCUUCUUCUUCUUGCCAAGGAAACUCUGGGGACUGGGACCCUAGUUCCUUUCUGUCUGCUCACAAGCUAUCAGGACUCUGGAACUCGCAGCACUCCAAUGGAAAUCCCGGAGCUGGAUCUGCAGGGGAAAAAGGCAGUGGACUCUCUGCAUCGCCGGAACAUGUCAGCAAGACUUCAAAGCUGUCUGGCUUGAAGGUGUGUCCAUACAGUCCUUCUGGAGCUAGCACAGGAACACUCCCUACCUCACUCAACUUCUGUAAAUCUCCCAAGCAGUUUAAAUCCAUGUGCCACAGGCCGCUAUCCCCGGGGGAAGCUUAUCAUUCUUCAGAGCUUCAUCGACAUUGUGAUCCUAGCGCUCCCCCAAACAGUCCAACAGGGCUCUCGUCACAACAGCCAACAUCUCCUCACAGUCCUCCACCUCCACACCUUUCGUCAGCCACAGGCCUCUCUUCUCACACUGCACCAUCUAAAGCCACUGUCUGUGCCUCCUCUGGGGCUCACAGAGGUAGUCAUUUGCCAGGGUCCAGCCCAUCCCUCCUCAAAGUCAAUCCACCUCCGCCACCACUCUCUGCCUGCAGCCAUCCCUGUAAUGGGCAUUGUAGUGGAGCAAAUGCACUUCAAGGAGGAAACACCCUGGGGACCACUAACAGGGAUGCAACCUGCAGAGGGCACAAAUUUUCUAAUGCUUCAAACUGCAUGGCCACGCAACCUUGUGAAGCGGAUGAGGGGCUGGGUGAAGAUGAAGACAGUAGCUCAGAGCGCAGCUCAUGCACUUCUUCCUCCACGAACCAGAGAGACGGCAAGUUCUGUGACUGCUGCUACUGCGAGUUUUUUGGCCACAACACGCCACCUCCAGCCCCAACUAGUCGAAAUUACCCAGAGAUGCGUGAGAAACUUCGAUCACGUUUGACUAAGAGAAAAGAGGAGGUACCGCAGAAGAGACAUGCUCCGGGGGAGCAGGCUGUGGACCAUCGUGAUGUAGAUGAACUCCUUGACUUUAUCAACAGCUCUGAACCUAGGAGCACUAGCAGCAACAAAGCAGCCAAGAGGGCACGACAUAAGCUGAAGAAAAAGGAGAAGGCACUUCAGGAGGCUGGUGGCCAGAAAUCUUCUGAUGUUUAUUGCUCAACUGUUGAAGAAGCUGAAACGCCAUCUUCUGGGGAAAAGUUACUUCAGUGGCCUCAGCUUGAGUUAGAAAGGGUGAACAGCUUCCUGACCAGUCGGCUUGAAGAAAUCAAGAAUACCAUCAAAGACUCAAUUAGAGCCAGCUUUAGUGUCUAUGAUCUGAAUCUUGAUGUCAAUGACUUCCCUAAAAAAGCAGCAGUGCUGGAACAAAAAAACCUGUUGUCACACCUCAAUGGUUCUUCUGAUCUCCAAGAGAUUGAUCUUGAUCUUACACCUCUUACUCUCAGUGUCUCUAAGAGUCAAGAAGCAAAACUGUCAGAUGAUGAUGUCAACCUUUCUUCCCAAUCUGCAGAAAAUGGUGGUGUUAAGAGGUUAAGUGCUGUACCAAAUCUCUCUCGCAUGAUCUGGGUUCAAUCUCAAAAGAACUCUGAAUCAGGACAAAGUCCGGACAUAUGUGGCUCUGCACCAAACAAGGUUCUUUCCAGUUCUGAAAAUCAGAGACUUCUGGCACAGUCAGUAACUGGCAGUCGUGUAAAGAAGAGCAAAAAGCAAAGCCUCCAGACACGAAAGUGUGAGCCUUGUAAUGGAGAGGUUUUACUGGCCACGAUAACUUCACAAGGAACAAAAGCCCAAGAGAGGCCCUUACUUGAUAAAAUAGAGGACAUUUCAAGACAAGGACCAGACACUGUGAAUUGUGUUAAUUUUAGGCCUGAAAAAGAUAAGAAUGAAUCUGGUGGAUCUGAGAGGACUGAUGUAAAAUCCAGUAGUGGUAGUAAAAGCAAAUCCAGGAAAAGCAAGAACAAGAUGGAUAAACCCAAUAUCUCAGUUGAUGAUGUGUUCCUUCCAAAGGAUUUAGACGGCAUGGAAAUGGAUGAAAUUGACAGAGAAGUUGAGUAUUUUAAAAGGUUCUGCCUGGACUCUGCCAAACAAACACGCCAGAAAGUUGCUGUAAAUUGGACCAAUUUUACCCUGAAGAAAACCACUUCCAAUAUGGCACAGUGAUGCCUGCACUUUCGAACACUAUUUUCCUUCUUUAACUCACCAGUACACCUCUAGUCCCCCGCUACUCUAUUUUGCACUGACACAAACAUUUGAGGGAUUUUAAUAAUACAUUUUCUUUUUUACUAAGAAAAUUUUCCAGCGCCUUUCCUCCAAUCCGCGCUGUUGAAAUCAUGUAAUUUUUCUUUUUCUGAUCUAGGGAUGCAACUAAUGAACUCUGCCUCUUCUGCUAGGAAAAAAAAAUGAAGUUUAUUUUCCAUCAGUGUCUAUAACCACUUUCUUCUCCGAGGUCUCUUCAUUUACAUGUAGGUCAACCUAGGCAAUAAUAAAAGAUAUAUCUUUAUAAAGAA